AUGUCUGAUUUUGUUGGUAAAACCAUUUCCUUAAUUUCUAAAAAGAAUUUAAGGUAUGUCGGUAUUUUAGAAAGCAUCAAUGCCGACGAUGCUACAAUUGCAUUGAGAUCAGUGAGAAUGUUUGGUACUGAAGGAAGGUUGGGUCAACCGCAUUUGGAAGUUCCACCAGGAAACGACAUCUAUGAUUAUGUUGUAUUUAGAGGUAAUGAUGUGGAAGAUUUAUCGGUUUUAGAUGUCCCUAUUGAACAAGUGAGACCAAUAUAUCCCCCUCAGCCAGUGGGAACGUCAGGGUUUUAUCCUCCUGGUCCAACUCCAACUUCACAACAACAACAACCACCACAACCACCGCAAACGUUCCAGCAGAAACCUUCUGCAACGACUGCAAAUGUAAAACCUGGACCAAGUCCAGCGCAAGCAGCAACAGGUCCAACUGAAACAGCAGCAGCAGAAUCUGUAGCUUCACCAAGUGGACCCCAACAACCUACAAAAACCAGCACAGAGAAACCACCUACAAAGACUGCUGAUGUGGCUGAGUCACAACCGGGCACAGUUCCAGAACCUAACAGAUCAGAAAAGGAAAAUGUUGAAAAUGACAAAGAAGUGGCACAAUCUCAACCCGAGUCAAGGCCAUCUAAGAACUCCAGAGCAUCAAGAGAGUCGCAGACUAAGGACCUAGACUUCAAAGAGGAUUUUGACUUUGAACAAUCGAAUGCUAAAUUUCAUAGAGAAGCACAAGAAGAAGGUGAAGCCCCCAAGUACAACAAACAGUCAUCAUUCUUUGAUUCAAUUUCCUCAUCAACCGAAGAAAGGGGAAAUAACAGGAAUAGAUGGGCCGAGGAGAGAAGCUUAAAUUUUGAUACUUUUGGAGAGUCCGGUGCUAGAGGCGGCAGAGGAAGAGGAAGAGGAAGAGGAAGAGGAAACUACAGAGGCAGAGGAAGAGGCAAUUACAGAGGCAAUUGGAGAGGUAGAAGUGAGCCAAAACCUGAAUGGGCGUAG